AAUUUUUCCUUCUUUUUUGGUCAGAUUGCACGCACAGCGUUAGGUCUGGCGUUUACCGCGCGUCUAUGGAACAGCAAGAUUCCUCGUGCAAGGGCUGAAUGAGGUUCUCCGAAGAGAAAAUAAUCAUGGAAGACGUCAUCGAUCCCUUCGACUCGCUGGACGCCAUGAUCAAGCAAGAAGAUCUUCAAAAAUUCGUUUUAUUCAAGACGCACUACAGGAAGUACAUGGAAGUAUAUCUGGCAUACGAGGAGCUUUUGUGCAAGCUGGGCGAAUGCGAGGAGGAACUCGAGGCCCUCCGGGCGGCGGAUAGAGAAGCAGGAGAGGAAUUGGAAUUCAUUCGGUGUCAGUUGAGAGAACGGGAAGACGACAUCUUCGCUUCCGACGAGAAAGUCACCCAACUCGAAUGCGAACUCGAAGAGGAAAGAGCAUACGCGUGUUGCCUCCAAGAGCAGCUGGACCGAGCGAAGGAAGAGAAGGAAAGUCUAUUGACGGAGAACCGGACCCUCCGGCACGAGAAGAACGAGCUCAAUCUCAGAUGCCAGCUCCUCAAGUCCAAGAGUUCGGACGACACGAUGACACGGAGCGCAGAGAGGCGGAGACUGCAGAAAGGAUUGGAGGACCUCACGCGAGAACGGGACGAGUGGAAGAGUCAAUGGAUGGAUCUUCGCGAAAAGGUGAAGGGCAUGGAGGAGAUGUGGAGGGGGAGCCCAGGCGAGGGAUUCCGAGCGGUGGUCCGUGCCGGGAUCGGUCACUUGACCUCCUGUCCCCGGUCCCGGUCCCAGUGCAGGUUCUGCAACCGAGUCUGGUCGCAGUCGCACCUCUCUUCGUCUUCCGAUUCCUCUUCCCCUGCCUCCAUGGACUCCGAUGCCAAAGAAAGAUUGUCUGGGUGGCUGAGCACGACGUACAAGGCACUGUGCCAGGCCAUGACGGAAUUGGCGAGCGAUCCGGAAGUGCAAGUGCAAACACCCUCCCCCUGUGAUUCUUCCUCGCAUUCCGAUUCGAGCAAGGACGACUCAGGGUUCGAAGACAAACUGGAAGAGGAGCCGCCGCAGCCCGAGACUUUGUCGGUGCCGAAGCCGAUACUGAGACCGACGUCGAAGCCAGAAGAAUCGGAAGCCAAAGAGCCGAAGCCAAAGACGAGGAGACGCUGGAGCAUGGGAUCGUCGAAGAAGACGAGCCAUUCGCAGAUGCAUCGAAUUCCGUUCGGAGAACCCUUGCCUCGAUGCCCUCUGGUCCAGCACGAGACGGACCUCGACCUCGGGGACACCAGUUCGGACGAGGGCUGCCCGGCACCGAAGCCCCCGAUGCCCUCGACGGAGGCGAAGGAGGAGGAAAACGUGGAGAAGGGAGGGUUCGGGUCCAUGCGACGCCUCCUCCACCGCAUGAGUGCCAGGAUGAAGAAGAGGAAGAAGCGUCCGGAGAAGUAACAUCGAAGGAGAAAUCCAGGGCAGCAAUCACAUUCCGUCGGCCCCGACAUAUCACUUCGGUUCGCAUAAAUUAGCGACUGGGUCCCAUCUCGAUUCCUCCCUGCUUUCAUUUUGUGCCAUGGACGACGUCGAUUUCGAGAAGUGUAUUCCUUAGCUCCGUCGUGGAGUUUGAUUUCAGGACCGAAAAGCCUUGUCCGAGUGACGGAAAUCUUCCAUAAUCUUCAGACAUGUGUGAUAAGACGGUGGAACGGAAUGGUGUCUUCAGAUUCGUUUUGAAAAAAAAUUCGCCCUUCGUAGAGUUUUACUACAACCAGUUGCGAAAAUUUCAUAAUUGAUUCUACGCUAUGAGCCUGUGACAGUUGUCCGUUUCGUGUGACUUUCCGAGAGACUUGUCCACAUCGUGCGAUUUUUCAUCAGGGGAAUAAAACACGGCCUUUUGUUGACAC